AGACUUAGGGAUAUAGGUCUUAAUCUAGACUUUAAGAAAUAUAUAUUUAUAGUAAAGGAAGUUAAGUAUCUAGGGUAUAUUGUAGAGAUAGGGGUCUAUAUUCGUCCUAACCCUAAGAAGAUCAAGGCUAUCUAUAACUUCCUAGGAUUUGCUAAUUUCUAUUACAACUUUAUCCCCAACUUCUCUAAGAAAGUAGCCCUAUUAAUAUACUUUACUUAUAAGAACGUCCUUUUCUACUAG